GAAAUGCAAAGUAAAGGAUCAUUUUGCAUGCAAGGUUCAGUGUAUAUGGUGUGACUUUCUUUCCGUAUGGGGCAGCUUUCAUUCAUGUUCCAGCUUCGGCUUUAAGUUGUUAUUGUCUUUUAAAGUGCAGGUUACAUGAGUACAUCUUGUAUUGUGUCAGAGCUAACCCCGUUGCUGUGUCAAUGCGGACCUCGGGCAGAGUCCCUGUUUGCGCUAUAAUAAAAUCCCUUACUAUAAAUCAUAUUAUUCAUGUGUGGCCAGUCAUCUUGAUCUUAUUUAUUAAAUGCUCUCACGCACAAUGCAGAAAUAUAAUAAAUGUAGUACAUGUUUAAUGUUAGGGGAAAGGGUUGAGCCGGUACAUUGGAGAUCUUUGCGGUAUAAUAAAGUGUUUCAGGUGCGUCACUUUCCACUGCGUACAAAAGGGGCGAAGUGUGCCUUUUAGUGUAGAAAGGCUCUGUGGUCGUGUGUGUGUGUGUGUCUCGGAGUGCCUGGGUCAAGGUAGAACUGUCUUUUAACCUUGUUGAAGGACAGCUGUAUUUACUGACGUAUGUAAAUGAAUAUAGGGGAGGUCCUUGGGCAAAAAACACACACUGAAUCAGUUUCACAUUGCAGCUCCGGAGUUCCUGAGUGGAAGGAAAAACGAGACGUGGCGAAAUCUGCUCAGCAAACCAUGCAGGAUGAUUUACUGAUGGACAAAAACAAAGCCCAGCCUCACCAUCAGCAAGAUCCGACGCAAGUAGACCCUCCUCCCUCCACCCCGACCCCGUCAUCGGAACCCACUUCUUCUUCAUCGGAGUCGGAGAGCCCGUCGACCGGGAGCAACCAAGCGGCUUCAGCGCUGAACAGCAGCAGCAGCAGCAGCAGCAGCAGCGGCAGCAGCAGCAGCAGCAAGGACAAGGUGCCGAUGGAGUCGCCGAUCCUGCCCGGGUUGAGCUUCCACCACCAGCCGCAGGAGACCGGCGGCCCCCUUUCCUCUCCUUCCUCCUCGUUUGGGAGCACUUGGUCCACGGGAACCACAAACGCCGUGGACGAUAGCUUUUUCCAGGGAAUACCGUCGGUGAACGGGACGAUGCUUUUCCAGAACUUCCCCCACCCUGUCAACCCGGUCUUUGGGGGGAAUUUCUCCCCGCAGAUCGGUCUGGCUCCCCAGUCCCAACAGCAUCAACAGCAAGCCCAGCAGCAGCAGCAGCAGCAGCCGCCGCCGCCGCAGCAGCAGCAGCCCCAGCAGAGGAGAUCCCCUGUCAGCCCCAGUCAAGGCCCCUUCCCCCAGAGAAACGUUUAUCAGACCAUCAUGAAUAACAGCAAGGGUUCGUCGUCGUCUUCUUCUUCUGCCCCGUCGUCCGCUUGGAAUAAUCACCAAAACGCCGCAUGGAGCACAGCCUCUAACCCCUGGAGCGGGCUGCAGGCAGGCAGGGACCCGCGCAGAGCUGUGGGCGUCGGGGUAGGGGUCGGGGUCGGAGUCGGCGUCGGGGUGCCAUCACCCCUGAACCCCAUCUCCCCUAUGAAAAAGCCCUAUACCAGCAAUGUUAUAGCACCCCCAAAAUUCCCAAGACCUGGUCCCCUCACCCCCAAGCCCUGGAUGGAGGACAGCCCCUUCAGGACUGACAACAGCAACAACAUACUGCCUUUCCAGGACCGGAAUCGGCCCUUUGAUGCUUUUAGCUUGCACUCUUUGGAGAAUUCCUUAAUGGAUAUGAUAAGGACUGACCAUGACAAAGGUAAACCACACCCUGCCGGUGGCCCACCAAUGACUAUCGCUGAUAUUAUAUGGAGGAAUCAUUUUGCAGGACGCAUGGGCCUCAACUUCCAUCAUCCUGGAGCAGACCACAUAAUGCCAUUGAAUACCCGGAGCUAUGGCCGCAGAAGAGGUCGCUCCUGUCUUUUUCCCUUCGAGGACGGUUUCCUCGACGACGGCCACGGUGACCCCUCCUUGACCCCGGGCCUGAACUCGCCAACCCGCUGUCAGAACGGGGAGAGGAUGGAGCGCUACUCCAGGAAGGUCUUUGUCGGAGGUCUCCCUCCUGACAUAGACGAAGAUGAAAUCACUAACAGUUUUCGUCGCUAUGGGCACCUGGUGGUGGACUGGCCCCACAAAGCGGAGAGCAAAUCCUACUUCCCACCUAAAGGCUAUGCCUUCCUGCUCUUCCAGGAAGAGACUUCUGUUCAGGCCUUGAUCGAUGCCUGCAUUGAGGAGGAUGGCAAGCUCUAUCUGUGUGUAUCCAGUCCUACCAUCAAAGACAAACCGGUCCAGAUCCGUCCCUGGAACCUGAGCGACAGCGAUUUCGUCAUGGAUGGCUCCCAGCCUCUGGACCCCCGCAAGACCAUCUUUGUAGGGGGGGUGCCGCGGCCCCUGCGUGCAGUGGAGCUGGCUAUGAUCAUGGACCGGCUGUACGGAGGUGUUUGCUACGCUGGCAUCGACACCGACCCGGAGCUCAAAUACCCAAAGGGAGCCGGCCGUGUGGCCUUCUCCAAUCAGCAGAGCUACAUCGCUGCCAUCAGCGCUCGCUUCGUUCAGCUGCAGCACAAUGACAUCGACAAAAGGGUGGAGGUGAAGCCGUACGUCCUGGAUGACCAGAUGUGUGAUGAGUGCCAGGGGGCGCGCUGCGGGGGGAAGUUUGCCCCCUUCUUCUGUGCCAACGUCACCUGCCUGCAGUACUACUGCGAGUACUGCUGGGCCAGCAUCCACUCGAGGGCCGGCCGAGAGUUUCACAAGCCACUGGUGAAGGAGGGGGGCGACCGCCCUCGACACGUGUCCUUCCGAUGGAGCUGAGUGGGGGUUCACGAGUCAGCCCUGCUCCCGGUGAACACCCCCCAACUCCCUACUCCCUACAACCCCUCGAAGACCUCCUGCACACCUCCAACCCUACAGGCCGGGACAGCGCUGCAACUCCCCACCACGCCCCCCUACCACCACCACCACCGCCACCACCACAGCUCCACCUACUCCACCCUGCUCCCCACAAGCACCUCAUGAGAAAAAAAAAAAAAGGAUACCGUCAAACACAUGGGACUGUCUUCAUACCACACGGCUCUGAACUCAUUGUGUAGUGUUCCCCUCUGAUGAAGCAUUGCGGGGAAAUGAAAUGCGAAAGUCUAUCAGCUUAGAAUUUGCACAAAAUCUCACUAAACACACACACAUACAUACACACGCAAAUAACACACACACACACACACACACACACACACACACACACACACACACAGGAUGGUAUGUUAGACACCUACUUUCAGUUUCCCGUUCUGUUGACUGGGUGGUGUGGUACGUCCUGUUGGACCCCCCCUCCCCCCCUUUACUGACACAGAGGUGGGACCAUACAAAUAUUUAAAAAAAAGUAUAUAUUUUUUGUUUUGUACCUAUCUAUACAUAUAUAGAUAAUUUAAAUUUUAUGUAAAAGGAGCAUGCACUUAUUUUCAAAAGCUGUAGUUAUAUUGCCCCUAGAGAGGAAAAAAAAAGAAGUCAUUACCAAAGGCAAAUGAAAUUAAUGCAUACAGAAAAGCUAAAUAGGUGGCAUAAGAUGUAGCAAGAUUUAACAACUAUCCAGUAGUGUGGGCCCGUAUCGCCCCGAGUAAAAAUAACACAGCUAUAUUCGCUCUCAAUUUUGACUCUGAAAAUAUUAAUACCUCAUACACGCAAUCGGAUUAGUUUGCUUUUCGAUUUCUAGGUCUUUAUUUUUAUAAUAACAUUAUUUUUUAGUGUUAUGUAAAUGUAAUGCUGCAAUAGCUUUGCUGCUAAAUCCAUGGUAUAAACAGAUACCAUAAGUACUUUAUUCAGGCUAGGGUGUAAAAUAAUAAAUAACAGAUGUAGAGAAAUGACGAGCUAUCACAGGGGGGAGGGGGGCACCCCUUAGGCGACGAUGGCUACCUUUCUGUGGGGGGUCGGGGUGGGUCGCCGCUAACUGCAUGUUUAUUUCAAUCAGGUUGCUGCAUGCAAUAGACUUUUUUCAGUAUCAUGUCUACUAUUCGAUUCUGCCCAUGUUUGCACAACACACUACAGACGUACGUACGACUCGCACGAAACUGGACAGAAACAGGGAAGACUGGUCAAAAAGGAAUCAUGGCGACUCCGCGCCACCGCCGGUCGGGCUUGACGGGCCACGCCACAGGGCGGCCAGAGCAGAUGGUUCCUGCACAAAACAAGGCAGCGAACGCAUCACGACGACAGGGGAAGAAAAAAGAAAAAAAAAAACAAACCUUAAUAAUCACAAAUCGAAUUAAAUGUAGGAUUACCAUUUAAAACUGUCUAUGAUAGGUGAAGUACUUUUUUGCAGUGAUUGUUGAUAUAAUUGUGCAAUUUUUUAUACCGUAUGUAGUUAGGUCUGAGUAUGCCUAGAACUGUGAUUCGCUUUAACUGUCGUUAAUGUCCGACAUAGAAGUCCUGUGAAACUUCAUAACUAGUGUAUGCACACGUAUAUAUGUUCUUUUGUACACACACUUGCACCAGUAUACACAGAAGCCUCUCAACACACACGAACAUAGACUCAAACACACACACACACACACACAGACGGCCAUCUUUCUUACGCACACAAACAGGCCUACAAACACACACAGUCUGAUCUGAAGAGAGGACGCAACAAUGUGAGCUUAAACUGAGAACUGAGGUCUUUGUUUUUGUUGUUUUUUUAUUCUUUUUUUUAUUAUUAUUAUUAUUUGUCCCACCGUUGACAAAAGCGCACGUUUACGUCCCAGAAUGCAACCAAAGAGCUCACGUGUUCUACUUUUAACAGACCACCUAACACACGGAGGAGGCUGCAGCCGUGCAGUCCAUUAGAUGAGGAAAGAAAGAGGGCAGACGGAAAGAAGAAAUUUAAAGGGGAGGGGGUGGGUAACGUGAAAACAUUGAAGCUACUGGAGACUUGAGGUUUGAUAAACUGAGCUCUGCACAUGCUCUCACUACAUGACUGGGGGUCCUUGAGUGGGUGGGAAUAUUGCCAGAAGAUGCAGAUGUGCAAAGCUGGGGUUACCAUAUUUAUCCAGAUUUUUUUUUUCCUGCAAAGCUUGAAGUAAUGGACCUGCUAAAAAAAACACAAAAAAAAACAUGGUGGACAUAUAUAUCUUUUUAGUUUUUAUCAAAAAAUAGCAUGCAGUUCAAACAGGAGUGGGUGGGUGAGGAACGGGGGAGGUAGUUUUGAAUGCAAUGCAUAGAAACUCUAAGUAUUGGCUGCUGAAGACAGGGGCGGCUCUGGGGUUUUUUCUUUUUGGGGCGGGGGGCAAGUUACACUGGUUUUAGCAGUUUUGUGGACAAUCCCAACGGGAUCCUACAUCAUUGCAAGUUAAUGUGUGUCAUCCCCUCUUUUCUUUCUUUUGUUUUUUUUGUGUGUGUCCGUGAGUUGUGGUUGUCCUGUGCUGGCGCCCCGCAGUCCCUCUCCUCUUUCUCGUUUUAGUCGCAAACUGUUUUUUUUUUCCUUUACGAUAGAUGUUUUUGUUGUCCGAAAGAGAAAAAAAAACUAAUUGAAAACUAAGCAGAAGAUACUUUUUUUACUGAUAGAAAAAAAAACAAGAGGCUAACCAUGAGUAAUAAUAAGUAUCCCUAUGAAAGUGAAUUCUGGGUGUUUUUGUGACAUUUCUUUCCCCACCCAGACAGGUUUUCUAUGUUUGUUCCUUCUCUAUGAUAGAUAUUUGUUAUGCACUACUCUUUGUAUCUGAACAGUUUUCGACGGUCAGCAGUUCUUUUUGUUAAAAGACAAAAAAAAAAAAAUAAGACGACAAAGCGUGCUUUCUGACUGACAAGAUCUUUUGCAAUACCUCAAUUUUGAAAUAUAUUAGGAGAGAAACUGAUAUUUUCUAAGUAAGUUUAUUCAGAUGAAAAAAAUAUAUAUUAAUUUAAUUCUUCAAGAGAAAUGAUUUAACAGAUGGUUGAUUUUUUUAUUUUUAUCAUGCUUAUUUGCUUUUAUUUUAAGAAUUUAUUUUUUUGAAAAAGACAACAACUGAAGGAGCUAGAGCUUUAUAACUAAUAUAAUGGUGUAGUUAGUGAGAGUACAGUCUACUUUAUUACAGUGGAAGUGAGGGUGAGUGUCCCACUGGUCAAAUUGGUCGAAAACGUCAGAGAAGAGCUCUUUAGGAAUAAUUAAAAAAAACUAUCAGGUGCUCAGAGAGAAAACUGAACAUAUUUCCCACGUUUUUGUAUAUUUAUAAUCAAUCAUUUACUAUGCUGACCACAGUUGUGAAAGAGAUCUUCUGUUCAUUAUUUUUUUAAGAGAAGUUUUUUAUGUUUCCUAAAAGUAUGUGCUCCCUUUUUGUUUUUGUAAAAAAGCAACGUGACCCUGAUUUGUUAGCCUGACGUCGUCGGGGAGAAAAAAAAAUAAAAGGAGACUUGUGAGAGUCACUGAACGAACGGCUGGAGGUAGAGAGACAAGAAUGUUAUUUUUAACACAAAAACAGACACAAGUGUUUUCACCUGUAACUUGAUCGAAAGCCCCCAAGGUGCAUCAAUUGACUGGUGGCCUUCUAUUCACGCAAGACUUGAAUUAGUCCCAUUUUUUAAGGCUAAGAACCUUGAUUCUUUGUUGUAAUGUGCAAUACUGUUUGUACUGUUUGUAGAAAAGAAGAAAACAAGAAAAAGAGGCAUAAAUCUUUAUUGCAGAAUUAUUUUCAUUGCAAGCAUUGUGAUUCACUAAAAUCAUUUUCUACUGUGUAUUUACCUACUCUACCUGCUAGUACCUUCCAGUAGUAAUGUAGCCUUUGUACUGAGAAAUUUUCAUUAUUUUUAGAAAGUUUUGCUAAAAAAGAAAAGAAUUUAAACAUAUUUACAUAUUUUCAUUUUUAUUUCGUAUUUUUUCUUUACAGACUUAUUUCUCAACCAUUAAUAGUUAUUUCUGGGGGAGACUUUCAUAUCUGGUCAAUGUCAUUAAUAUUAAUUUGUAUUUUUACUUGGAAUAAAUUAAUUUUAUGAUGCUAAUUCUUUAAAAGUUUAUUUUUUUCGUUUGUUCACCUUUUUUCAUUUUUUGAAGCUGAAGAAGAAAAAAAAAACAACAACUUUGUAAUAUUGUUACUAAAGUGUCUCGAUUCUUGAAAUGCUAAGCUUUAUGUGUUAACUCGCUGAUGUUGCUUACAUUAGUGUGAAAAUGAUCUACGGAGAAAAAAAAAAGAGAAACUACUCACAAACAGAUUGGUGGUUGGUGAUGUUUAAGUGAUUCGCAAUGUAAACAAAUGAAUGGGCAAUAAAAUAAAAAUGGCAGAAUGGAGCAUACAUGCAGUAUGUUGUGAUGUAAUUGUGGAAGAUGGACAACACCACUGACCAUUUACAUUGCUUCUGCUACUCCAGUACUACUACUACUACUACUACUACUACUACUACUAUUAGCACUAACUCUACAAUAACCCCUCCUCACUUUGUGCAGUGGAGAGCAACAUUUCCUCACAUACGAAAUAUUCAACAGCUCCUCGUAAAGAAACAGCCAUGUCACACUCCUCUUCCCGUCUCCUAGGUUCAGUCCGUGCACCAGUGUGACUGUAUUUAAGUAUGAAUGUAAAUGUAGAGAUGCACUGUAUCAUAUGCUAAGUGGGAAGCGCAUGUAUCGCUGUAGAAUCGUAAUUAUUCAUAGAGACGAUGGUUUAAAGUGUCUUUGGUUUGUUUCUGUGCAAAAUAUUUGUUUUUAAAUUUCUUUGGCAAAAUCCUACAUUUCCCCUGCCUUUUUAAAAAGACUAGUUUGACAUUUUGGGAAAUACGCUUCGUCUCAUUGCCGAGAAAACAGACACCACUAUCAUAUCGUAGUAGGAGAGGGUUAGCUUAGCUUAGCAUUAACACCCAGCCAAGAAUCAGUCCGUCAUAUAACCGACCCUAAAACUAAAGCUUGUGCUUUUUACACUUGAGUUUGUGUACAGGUUCAUUUGUCAGCUUUAGAGGUGCCACUAUGUUCAUUUUUGACAGAGCCAGGCUGGCUGUCCCCCACCUACUUCCAGUGUUCAUGCUAGGCUAAGAUAAUGGUCCAUUAGCUGAAGCUUCAUAAGAUGCUCUUGUUUUUGUUCAAUAUGAAGCUACAGCCUGUUAGCUUAGCUUAGCAUAAAGACUGGAAAUGGGGAAACAGCUAGCCUGGCUCUGUCCUGUUAGCACUUCAGACUCACUAACGUGUGUUUUGUUGGUUUAAUCCAUGCAAAGAGUUUGUGUACCAGACUAUUUCUUGGCUGGAGGCAGUGACCGCCCCGGUCAAGUCUCAUUGUGUCCUUUUACACUUUUGUUUUUUGUAACAUGAAGUAAUAUAGCGAGCUGUAGAGGUGUUCGUGGGCCAUUUUUUUAAAAAAACAUUUGGACAGGCUGCUGUUUGCUGUUUUUUUAUGCUAAGCUAAGCUAACUGGCUUUGGGUUACUACACAGACGUGAGAGUGACAAUGGUAUUCACGUGUAGCUCUCAAUAAGACGGCAAAUAAUUCCCAAACUGUCAAACAUUUUCUUUCAUUUAGGCUUGAAGCUCCAUUUUGUUUUGUUUUUUUUCUUUCCGUCCUCGACUGUCUUCAACCCCCCCUCCAAAAAAAGAGACUCCAUUGCUCAUGUGAGAAUGUUAUUUCUGGCUGGCCUUUUCUACCAGUUUAUACAGCUGAUGCUAAUACCCCUCACCCCCUUCCCCAACCUCCCAUGUCUUUUAAAUAGGCCCACAUUUUCUCUCUCCCAGGGCUCAGUAUUAUUCACCACCAUACCACCAAGUAUUUCUGGCCAUGUGUUUUUUUUUGUUGUUGUUGUUGUUUUUAAGUUUCUCUUUCACUCAAAAGAAUUUCUACCUGAAACUAUAACACUAAAGUGUAUGUGCAAAUGAAAAAGAUCAUGAUUUGGAUGAUGGCAAACCAUUUUAUAUAUUCCUCUCUAUAGAUAUACGUAUGUAUUUCAUGUAACUAGACUUGGAUAGUAUACUGUAUAUUCACUUCUGCUUCAUGGGCGUUCUCUGGGUAGGUAAACACUGUAGGUCUCGUCAUGUUGUGAUCUCAAAAUAGAUGAAAAAAUAAAAAGACUGGUAGUGUGCUUUUUUUCCACAAACAUCCCACUACUUCUGAAAUGUACAUUUGUUUCUGGUUUUUCUUAAAGCAUCUGUGCUUUUAUUUUCUAGGUUUUUUUUAUUUCCUGACUUGAACACUGGUUCUAUCUUGGCGAGGCUUUUUGAGAUUGUUGACUUGGUCUGAAUUUUUUUUUUGCAGUAUAACUGUGAUUUGAAAACAUGAAGCUCAGUGCUGCUAAUGCUUACUACUGCUUCAGAGUUUGUAGUUCACAUCUUAAUUUUUUUUCCUUUUUAUGUACUAAUAAGCAAAUCUUAUUAAACGUAGUUGUAUGACGCUG